AUGACACAGUCGAGUGCCAAGGUGAAGCCGAUUACGUGCGGCUUUUACGACUGCAUGUGGAAGUUCGAAGGCUUGCGGUCGACCGACGGCUUCGCGCUCAGUUCAACGUGGAAAGACGCAAGCGGAGAAAAGUACCAUCGAUUCAAUGCGGACGAAUCUAGCGGCUCCGUCGAGUGGGAGAGUCUUCUGAUUGUCGCCAGAGCUGGAGCGGGGCCCAAGAACGCUGAAAAGGUCGAGGUUGCUGAUCCCGGACAAACGAGCUCAGGAAAACUAAAAGACCCAUGCCCAAUUUGUUGGACAACAUUGGAAAGCAGCAAUGAAGGGGCCAUCACCACAACGACUUGUGGACACACGUUUCACACGCAAUGCGUGGAUACAUGGUCCAGCCAUUACUGCGCCCGCGACUCGCUGUCGAGCUGCCCUCUUUGCCGCCGCUCGCUGUAA